AUGUGUUAUAAAAGUUUCAAAAACAAUUUUGCCAUCGUAUUAUGUCAUGAAAAAGGAAAAUUUUUAAAUUAUAAAUGUAAACUAAAAAUCGACGAAAAUGUCCGUCCUAUCCAACAACGACUUCGACGUCAACCGUAUCACCUUCGCAAAGCUAUCAAAGAAAAGCUCGAAUCGAUGGAAAAAGAUGGUUUAAAAUGCAAAGUCGAUUCACCUCAAGAAUGGUUAAGUAAUAUUGUCGUUACACCGAAAUCAAAUGGUGAUAUCCGAAUAUGUCUCGACGCUCGUGAGAUCAACAAAGCUAUCGUACGACAAAAAUAUCUAAUUCCUACAGUUGAUUCGCUUAUCGACGAAAUCGGAGAUUCAAACGUGUUUAGUAAAAUAUACUUACGUGAAGCGUAUGCUCAAAUCGAGUUAGAUGAAGAAUCAAGUAAAUUAACAAGUUUUAUUACCGAAGAAGGUGUUUACAAGUUCAAUCGUUUAAUAUAUGGAAUUAAUGAUGCCGGCGAUAUAUUUCAACAAUGUUUGCAAUCGAAAAUCAGUGAUUUACAUGGAGUCAAGUGCAUCAGCGACGACAUCAUAGUCUACUCGAAAAACAUUCAUGAACACAAAGCACUAUUAAGUAAAUUGUUUAAACGUUUGAAAGCUCAUGGGUUUAAAGUAAAUGGUAGUAAAUGCUUAAUUGGUAAAAGUACUAUAUCAUUUUUUGGUAUUAUUAUAUCAUCAAGUGGUAUCCGUCCAGACCCAGAAAAAGUCCAGUACUUAUCAAAUGCAAAUGCACCAACAAACCUAUCCUUUUUCGAUCCCCGUAAACCGAUAACAUUGUGGGUCGAUGCUAGCAAUUAUGCUAUUGGUGGUAUUCUUUUACAACCGGAUGACGAAGGACAUCCAAAACCUGUCUGUUACACCUCUCGUGCAUUAUCUCAAACUGAACAAAAGUAUUCAGUUACUGAAAAAGAAAGUUUAGCCGUAGUCCACGCUGUUUCAAAAUGGCAUGUUUAUUUAUAUCAUGCAGAAUUUACAGUUAUAGUUGAUCAUAAUCCGUUAAAGUUUAUUUUAACAUCACGUACUAGAGCUACGCCGCGAAUCGAAAGAUGGUGCGAAAAUAUUGCUGAUUACAUUAGUAGAAUACGUAACAAUGCUCCAACUGGUGAAAACAUUACAAAUGAAUAUGCAAAUUUUAUUACAAAUAAUUCCGUACCACACUCUAUGUCGUUAAAUGAAAUACGCACAGCCUCAGAAAAUGAUGACGAAAUUCAAGAAAUACGUAAAGCACUUACAUCCGACAAUUGGUCCUCGUUACAAAAAUAUGAAUUUUAUAAAGAAGAAUUUUGUGAAGUUAAUGGUAUUAUAUUACGUAGAAAUCGUUUAUUUAUUCCGAAAUCAUUAGUGCAGAAAAUCAUGGAAAUAGCACAUCGUUCAUGUCUUGGUAUAGUAAAAUUAAAAAGUUUGCCACGUUGCAAAGUUUAUUGGUACAACAUGGACAGAGACAUCAAAAAUCUCAUUCAAUCAUGUCCAUCAUGUCAAAAGAUAGGGAGACACAACAAACCAACACAACACAUUGUAAAUAAUUAUUAG